AUGAUUUCAGAAGCUGAUUUCAGAAAAAAAGUUACAUUCUUUGUAUCCCAGGGUUUCUCACCAAAUGCAGCUGGGCCAAACCCUAGAAAGCAACUGAAGCCCAUCCAAGGAGGAGACCUUUUCUGCGUUCUCUCCUCCACCUGGCUGCCACCUUCACCACCUUCCUCCUCUGCUUUCCGGCUGGAAUUUCAACCAGAGGCUCUCCCGAGAGAUUCUCAUCCCCAGGUACCAUUAUCUUGGCUGAAGGCACCUUGUAUCUCAAGGGUAGGCAAGAGCAGAGAGCAUUGUGCCACUAUGGCUUGAUGGGAGGAACCUUUCACUUACUGUCUUCUUUAUAUUUCAAGUGGUUGCCAUGCCAAAGGCCUGCCUCCUCUCCAUGGCCUGAAGUUCUACGAUGCCUUCACGGUAAGGGUGAGGCAAGCAUGGGCUCAGGAGUGUGUGAGUUGGCCAUUGGUAACUGGGUUCUGAGGGCUUUGGGGAAAUGCUAACCUAGUGGCCAGCCAGUGCUUCUGCCUCCCCCCCCCAUUGCAUUUUUCUAGCCAGAUGGUGUCACUCAGGUGAAGCUGGCGAGGUUUGGCUCUGAUACACUUCUCCCUUCGCUCUGAAUCCUUCAUUGAAUUAUUUUGAUGAGGGAGGAAGAGGGGUUCUUUUGCAUUUGGGUAGUAGCAUUUUAUGGAGGCCUCCUCCGUAGCAAUUUGUGGUCACUGAUUCAGCAUCUUAAGAAAUACUCUUUGUAUUUCUUCUCAGGGGCAUUUUGUCCAUCUAGGUAUCUCUUGGAGACUUGUGGGACCGAAGUACUUUAAGCAGCAUUUCUAGAGGCAGAACUUCUGCUUUGCACAAUGAGAAGGUCCAAGUGGAAUGGUGGAGGCUGCUCCAUUAGGGUGAAUGGAGUGCAACCCUACCAACCUCACUCUGCCCUCAGCCAGCCCCACCUGGACUUGUGGGUGGGUGGGGAAUAUGGGGCUUUAACCGUUUCGUCCCCUGUAUAGACUUGAUUAAGAUGGUGUAUUUGCAUACACACAUGCUCAAGCCAGCAGUCUGCAUGCCUGUGUUUGGGUAGGGGAACUUCCAAGGCCCGAAUCCAAAUUGGAACCAUAGCAGGGAGCAGACAGAUAAAGCUGCUCUACCCUGACACCAUGGUCACGUUUUGGAUUGGGGCACCCAGUCUGGCAGCGUGUAGAAAACAAAAAAACUCCUUCAUUUAUAAUUCUCCUUCAAAAUAAUUACCGGUAUCCUGUUGGAACACCAUCACCACCCCACUCCCCUACAGAUGUGUACAUUGCUAGCUGGCAGUGGUGUAUUGAUUACCAUCUAGGUUGCAAAAAGAACUCUGACUGCUAGAAAAUUAAGAGCCAGAAAAAAAAGGAGGGGGCUGUGUGUGAAUGGGAUGUGCUUUUGCUCUGUUAUGUUUGUAGUGUGUAGGCACAAGUUUAUAUGGAGGGUCCAUGUCCCCUUUGCUUCUGAGAGAAGUUGUACUUAAAUUACCGUAUUUUUCUCUCUAUAACACUCACAUUUUUUCUUCUAAAAAGUAAGGGGAAAUGUCUGUGCGUAUUAUUGAGCGAAUGUGUGGUCCCUGGAGCCGACUGGCACGAGUGCAGGGGCAAAAAUCAGGCAAAAAUCAGAUAGUGCGUCACGGAGGAGGGGAGGCUGGUGCUUUCCUGCAUUCUGCCUCAGGGUCUUACUGCCCACCCUCUUCUGUUUUCGGUUGCUGUGUUUGCUCAAAUGCAACAAAGAGCAGGGAAAUUCCCUGCCCUCCUGGCAAGCAGAGGUGAAAGGAAAGGAUCGCGUCCUUCCUUCUAAUUCCUUCCUAGUCGCAUUGUGAGCAGGCUCCAGCCCAUCCGGUUCAGGUUCCUUCGGCUAGGAGCGCAGCCGAUAGCCACCACCUCCUCCUCUCCAUGCUGCUGCUGCUGCGUCCAGCAUUCUAGGGACUCGCAGGCAGCCAGAAAACAUGCAGGUGGGAGAGAGACAGAGAGAGGGGGCUGGCUUGGGUGGGUGGGGGAAACUUUUGCCUUCCUUUCCUCCCUCCUGUUAAACCCCUCUCCUGCAUUGUUAGCCAGCUGCACACCCCUCUCGUGCUCUUUGUCCCUUCUGUGUUUUUCCUUCCCUCCCCACUUAAAACAUGGUUACAAAGCACGUAUCCACAUGGAUCCUCAGGAUCUUUGCAUUGGGUCAUCCCAAAUUCACCAUCAGAUCACAUAGCAUGUCCAUGGCUACAGCCUGCACCAAAAAAAAUCAUGCACCCACUGUUGCCUAGGGCUGCAAUUGUGCAAAAAAGUGGUUACAAAGCACAGGUCUACAUGGAUUCUCAGGAUUUUUGCAUUGGGCUACCCCAAACUCACCGUCAAAUCACAUGUCUGUGGCCACAGCAUGAGGCACAAAAAUGAUACAUCCACUGUUUCAUUCAGAAUUUUUUUUUCUUGUUUUCCUCCUCUAAAAACUAUGUGCUGUUAUGGUCAGGUGCGUGUUAUAGAGCGAAAAAUACAGUAAGCAUGAGGUGUUUUUUAUGCAAUACUGUGUGUUAAGAAACCUGCAUAUUCACAUGUAUUCUGUAUUACCAUUUUUGUAUUGAAUUGUGGUGGCCUAUGGCUUUGAACAAGAAAGAGAUACUUUAGUUAGACCCUCAGGGCAGCCUGGAGCCAAAGUUAUGAAUCACGUGCUCUGGACAAACAAAGCUGUGUUGUCCCUCCCUCUUGGCCUUGCUAGGGAUUGCUGCUGGGAUUUUCCAUGAAACUGUAAGAGGGAAGGUGGAAACCGGUAUAACCAAAGCACAGGGUAUUUUGCAGUUAUCUGGAUCUGAAAAGACAAAGCCAGAAGGAACUUGUGUGCCACAUAGUUGGCAUCCUUGCACCUGAUUUUAGGAAGUGGGAGGAGACUGGGCAGCAGUGCCACGUGGAAAGGAUGUUAGGACAUAUUUGUAGCAAUGUCAUUGUGGGAAGCUCCCUGCAAGAUUUGCUGUUCCAAACUUGAAUGAUACUGAAGCAUAAAACAAACAUGAUUUGUGCAACUCCUGCUCAGACUGAACUCUCUGGGAAGCGUUGGCUGCCCUUGGUCUCCAUUUUCAGCUGGUGCCCCCCAUGUUCAUUCCUCCAGGCUGCCACUUAACAGACACAUUCCCAUUUCCUAUCAUUACAUCUUCCAUAACUCUUAUGAAAUAAAAUAUUCUCUUGCAUUAAAAUAAGCACCUUUCCAGCUCUGCCAAGAAUGUCACAAAAUGUCAUUAGUGCAUUGUGCAUGGGGAUGGGGGUGUCUAGUAUUUUAUCUGAAACUGCUUGACUUCAGUGUUUGAUUACACAACCUCUGGAGAUACUUUAGCUCAUUCUGUGGGUUCCUAAGAUACAUUAGUUCUCAUUUGUUGUAACAAGCAACAUUUUCAGCCACCGUGAAUGGGAUGUUUCGCUUUAACAUUACUUCCUAUAGGCUGAGCAAAAUCAUUAAAACAUCAGCAAACAUGUUUAUAGCAGAAAGCUCUCCUAAUUAGUCAUGGUUCCUUUCACUCUAGUGUCCUUUCAUGUGAAGUUGGCUGACUCUUUCAGUAGCAAGCAGGUGAAGGGAGGGCAGCAGUCAGCCUGUUUAAAGGGCAUCUUCUUAGAUUUCCAUGACCUGCCCUAGUGUGAGGUGGGGUCAGUAAGGUGCAUGUCCAUGAAAGGGGCAGUAAGCCUGCCAAUCUUACCAUGGAACAGGGGUGGAGAGAGAGAGACUUACAGUGAGGGGGGAAAGUAUUUGAUCCCCUGCUAAAUUUGCCCAUUUGCCCUCUGUCGAAGAAAUGGCCAGUCCAUAAUUUUAAUGGUAGGUUUAUUGCAGCUGUGAGAGACAAAAUAACAGCAGGAAAAACCCCAGAAACCCAGAAGACAAAAGUCAGAAAUGGUGUGCAUUAUAAUGAGUGAAAUAAGUAUUUGAUCCCUUUGCAAAAGAUGACUUAGUACUUGGUGGCAAAAUUCUUGUUGGCAAUUACAGAGGUCAGACGUUUCUUGUAGGUGGCCACCAGGUUUGCACACAUCUCAGGAGGUAUUUCGUCCCACUCCUCUUUGCAGAUCCUCUCCAAGUCAGUAAGAUUUCAAGGCUGAUGUGUAGCUACUCAAACCUUCAGCUUCCUCUACAGAUUUUUGAUGGGAUUAAGGUCUGGAGACUGGCUAGGCCACUCCAGGACCUUAAUGUGCUUCUUCUUAAGCCACUCCUUUGUUGCCUUGGCUGUGUGUUUUGGAUCAUUGUCAUGCUGGAAUACCCAUCCUUGACCCAUUUUCAAUGCCCUGGUUGAGGGAAGGAGAUGCUCACCCAAGAUUGACGAUACGUGAUCCUAUCCAUUGUCCCUUCGAUGCAGUGAAGGUGCCCUGUCCCCUUAGCAGAAAAACACCCUCAAAGCAUAUUAUGUCCCCCUCCAUGUUUGACAGUGCGGAUGGUGUUCUUGGAGUCGUAGGCUUCAUUCCUCCUUCUCCCAACAUGGCAAGUUGAGUUGAUGCCAAAGAGCUCGAUUUUGGUCUCAUCUGACCACAACACUUUCACCCAGUUCUCCUCUGGGUCAUUCAGAUGUGCAUUGUCAAACUGCAGAUGGGCCUGUACAUGUGCUGUCUUGAGCAAGGGGACCUUGUGGGCUCUGCAAGAUCUCAGUCCUUCACAGCGUAGUGUGUUACCAACUGUUUUCAUGGUGACUAUGGUCCCAGCUGCCUUGAGAUCAUUGACAAGUUCCCCCUGUGUAGUUCUGGGCUGCUUCAUCACCGUUCUCCUGAUCAUUGCAACUCCAUGAGAUGAGAUCUUGCAUGGAGCCCCAGACCGAGGGAGGUUGACAGUUAUUUUGUGUUUCUUCCAUUUGCAAAUUAUUGCACCAACUGUUGUCACCUUCUCACCAAGCUGCUUGGCAAUAGUUUUGUAGCCCAGUCCAGCCUUGUGCAGGUCUACAAUCUUGACCCUGACAUCCUUGGAUAGCUCUUUGGUCUUGGUCAUGGUGGCUAGUUUGGAAUCUGCUGGAUUGAUUGCUUCUCUCAACAGGUGUCUUUUGUACAGGUACUGUAACGAGCUGGGAUUACAGGUAAGACCUCUCCCUUACAGCAGGUGCUUCUAAUCUCAGCUCGUUACAUACAGUGAAGAUACCAGGUAGCCUGACUGGUUGGUUGAUAGGGGAUCAAAUACUUAGUUCACUCAUUAUAACGCACAUCAAUCUCUGACUUUUGUCUUCUGGGUUUCUGGGGUUUUUCCUGUUGUUAUUCUUUUUUAUAUAUAUAUAAAAUUUUAUUAGUUUUUUAACAUAUUUUCAACAGUAAUUAAACAUAUUUUUAUAACUUAUACAAUAUUUUUUACUUCCAUCAAUCACAUCUGAAAAUUUUCCAAUCUAUUCACUUUUUACAAUUUACAUUUCUUACCUUCACUAUUACAUUUAAAUCUCAUAACUAAUAUAUCUAUUAUUUCUCUACUUUGCAAUAUUUCAUAUAUUUCUCCUUACAAAACGUCUUGUAGUCCUACUAGCAUAAUUUGUUGAUUACAAUUGCUCUUCAAAUAGUUCGUAUAUUUCUUCCAAUCUUCUGUAAAUCUCUGGUCCCGCAGGUUUUGGAUCCUUCCUGUCAUUUUAUCUAAUUCUGCGUAGUCCAAUAAUUUUGUCUGCCAUUCUUCUUUUGUCAGUCUCCUGUUGUUAUUCUGUCUCUCACAGCUACAAUAAACCUACCAUUAAAAUUAUGGAUUUCUUCAUCAGAGGGCAAACAGGCAAAUUUAGCAGGGGAUAAAAUACUUUUCCCCCUCACUGUAAUUUAUCUAUACAGACACUAUAAACCUAAUGGGGGAACAAGAGCUGUUGGAGUGUUUAUGCUUAGAGUCCUUCUGCCUUAUGCUCUGCCUGCACAUACGUACAAAUAAAUUGUGUAUCCCAAAGACACAAUAAGCCUUCACACAGCAGCCUUAAUUCCAAAGAAACCAAACCCAUGGUAUGUGUUGGGACCCCUGAAACUUUACCGCUCAGAGAUUGGGUUGCACAUAACAACACUUCCUAGAAUCUGCAGAACUUUCUGAAAUUCCACAACUUUUGAUUUUGAGAUAGGCAAUUGGCACAAUGUUAUUGUAACAACAUCAGCUUCCUUUGAGUCCAUCAGCUUCUAUCAUAUUUUGCUAUCUUUUUUAUGUAUUUAUUUAUUGGUAUUGGUAUUGGUAUUGGUAUUGGUAUUGGUAUUAUAAGGCUGCAGGGCAAGGAAGGAAGGCACAAAAAUAAUGGUUGGUAUUUGAUGCUAGUUCCACUCUGAGCAGACCCACUGAAGCUAAUGGUCAUAACUAACUUAGAUUCAUUCAAGGUGAUGGAAGGCCAUGUGAGGAAGACCUGCUUGGUAGUGGCUAUCAAGUUCAGGAACACACUUCCUGGGAACUCAGCUACCACCAACAUCACCCCAACUUCUUUCAUCUGCUUUACAUGUAGAAUGUCCCAGGUUCAAUCCCUUACAGCAGGCUUCCUCAACCUUGGCCCUAUAGAUGUUUGACCACUGGUCCUGCUAGCUAGGGAUCAUGGGAGUUGUAGGCCAAAAACAUCUGGAGGGCCGAGGUCGAGGAAGCCUGCCUUACAGCAUCACCAGGUAGGGGUAGGAGAGAACCUCCCUGCCUGAAACUUGGUGAGCCAUUGCUGCCAGUAACUGCAGGCAGUACUGAGCUAGAUAGACCAAUGGGCUGACUCUCAGGCAGCUUCCCAUGUUCCAAUGACAAGUGAAAAUAUUGCUCUUUCAUUGGGUACUUGCUUAGAACACCUGUUUCAUUUUGUUCUCCUUGCUGUGAUUUUUGCUGGUGUUUAUACUGCUCUAGGAUUAGGUAUUCCUUUUUUUUGGUAUUUUUUUGCUCCCCCAGACUUACCAUUUUUGGUGAUGAAAUAGCAGUGGAUGCUUCUUCUAAUAGCCAAAUGUUUGAGUGCAGUCCUGUAAGGUGGUUGCUGGUGCUUGGGAAGGGGAGCAGGUACAAAAGACAAGGCUUUCAGCCUCAGCAACACAGAAUGAUCCCUAUUGCUGGUUCUUUCAAAUCAUGACACUUUGCCUUUUCUAGCAGCCCCUUGAACUGCCUGAAUGUUCCUUUGCAGUUUGGCAUCCAGUGAAAUGCAGCGUCAUGAGCCAAUAACUCUUUCCGUGCUGUUGUGAAUGCUGUUGUCAUGUUUGGAAAAAACUUUGCUAGAUCCUGGCCAUUCCUAGAAAUCUUUGUACAUCAACCUUAUUCUUUGGACCAGGCAUUCCAAUGCUGGCUUUGAUUUUAGUUGCAUCAGGUAUUAGCCCAUCUUUGGUUAACCUAUGUCCUCAACAUUUACCUGUAAUUUCUGACAUGGCAAAUCUGCACUUUUCAUUCUGUUUCAGGUUCCUCUCCCAAUACCUGUCUGGAAUUGGCUUCAGGCAUUCUUGCUGAUGUUUACCUACUAUGAUGUUGUCAGUUCAACAUAUGACGCCAUCAUACAGGUGGCCUCUUCAGUCAUCACCAUUAAGUGGCUCUUGAAAACAUUUCUUGUUUUGUUUGGCCUUCUAUUGACUUUUUAUGUGAGUUAGUAAUGCAGUUGCUGCUGCUUUACUGUAUUUAGUGGUGACUGGUUUAAACUAAAUGCUCCUUUUAAAAUAUUUUAUUGUUUGCUAGCUUUUGUAAAGUUCAUGUGCAAAUGUAUUAAAAUAAAUAAAAUGGCAACUGGAUCAGCCUUUGGUACCUAUAUGGAGCUGAAGCGAUACCAAAUGGUAAUUAAGAGAAAAUUAAUCACUAAUGAUCCAAAUGUCCUAAAUGGGAAACAUGAGAGGCAGAUCCUGCAAGAAGGAAGUUUCUGAUUAGUAGCCUUGAAGAGCUGCAAUGACACUUGGCUGUUCUGCAAUCAACAGCAUGAGCCAGUGUGGUGUAGUGGUUAAGAGCGGUAGACUCGUAAUCUGGUGAACCGGGUUCGAUUCCCCGCUCCUCCACAUGCAGCUGCUGGGUGACCUUGGGCUAGUCACACUUCUUUGAAGUCUCUCAGCCCCACUCACCUCACAGAGUGUUUGUUGUGGGGAGGAAGGGAAAGGAGAACGUUAGCCGUUUUGAGACUCCUUCGGGUAGUGAUAAAGCGGGAUAUCAAAUCCAAACUCCUCUUCUUCUUCCUGCAAUUGCAUACCGUGAGAGGAAAUUUCCACCAACUAGCCAUUCCUAAACUUAAAAAAAGAAGAAAGGAAAUAUGGACGAUCUAAUAUUAGGGUGGUCCAUUCUGACAGAGGAUCUGUAUUCCAGUUUCGGGGGUGGGGGUGGUUCUCUGCCUUCAAAGUUUUGGGAGAUAGGUCAGUCAAGGAAUUGAAGGGCAAAACUUUAACCAUGAUAAUGACACCCAGUAGUUGUCCUGGUUUUUGCAUAAAGUUCUUAGGGAAAUAUUUUGGCUAUGUGGGGAACAAGCCUCUGAAAUGCAGAUGGUUUUAAUGAGGAUCCAGAUACACCAUCCACAUUAGAAACAAUUUCCAGCCAGUGGAAACUCACUAUGGACUGUUAUAUGGAGCAGAGCAGAGUUGCAGUUAUGUAAACUGGGGAGAAGGAAUCCAAGCAAGAGUCACAGGGACCACAGCAGAAAGAAGAGUCCAGAACGAAGUUCAGUGGAGCACCGUCCUCCCCGCUCCCUGCCAACAGCCUGUGAGUUUCUGAAGAAAGUACACAUCCCUCAAUCUGACAUCUGUGUUGUGACAUGGGAAAUUUGUGUUUUCAAAAUUAUACACACAGUGUGCCUAAUUCAAGGAAUGUGUUUAGCUGCACCCAAGCAAUCGGCUGUGCGGUUUUAUCCCUGACUAUGUGGAAUACAUUUGUUUUUGCUAUGCUGUGUGGAGCCGGAGGAGUGGCUGGGAACCUGAGGUGGUUGGUGCCUGCCCUGUUCCUGGCAAUUGCGUAAGAAUGACACCUGAAAAAGUGGAUGACAUAUGUGAAAAGACACCCCUUGAAGUCAUCCGAGAGCCUUCCUGUUGUUUGCUUGGCACCUGGCUGCUCCAAGGCCAUGGAGGUGAAGAGGGCAGAGGCCGCUACACAACAGGCCAUGCAAGAGGAUGAGAAUGUGAAGUCACUAACCAAACACUGGUGAUGAAAUUAGCCAAUAUUGACUUGGCUUCAAAGGAGGGGCGGGCGGGAGGGGGGGUGAAAGCUCUCCACAAAUGGGAGAAAGUGGUUCCUGCUGCCUUCCUUUCCCCUCCCUUCCCAUUGCACAACGGCUUGCUGCGGAGAGUCUCAUAACACAAGUCAUGGUAACCUUCCCCACCCAUCAAGGCACGGAGUUCAUUGUCCUCCAUGGGGGGCCCUGUGCAGAUCUUUGGUGCUGGAUAGAAAUAAGGUCUCUUACUGGUGCAGCUUGACGGCAGAUAGAGGAGGGAGUUAAAUCCAGCUAAAAGAGAGUGAAACCCAAGCACUGCAAAGGGGAGAGAGGAAUGGGGGACCACCCCCCCCCCCAGUCUAUGAAGUGGCAUCUCUUGAUAAACAAAAGGCUGGAGAGGCUGCUGUUGGGUCUGCAAGCAGGAACCUCCCUAGAGCCAGUCCUCAUGUUUGGGGAGGAAGGAGGCGAUGGAGGCAAACCCCCAGAAAGUGAACAAAACAGCCAGAGGAUGCUGUGGUGGCUGAAAGCCUGAUGGGGAGGGGGGAAUUCCCCAAGGUAGGCCUUGCAAAGAGCCCCUUAGACUGCAGCCCAUUUGCCCCUUCAAGAGCAGAGAGGCAGCAGGAGCCGCACCCACUUGCCCAACUUCUGCUUCCUGCAGCAGCAUCACCAGGGCCCCUGCCAAGCUGUAGGUGCCUUCCUGGUAGGCAGAAGGGGAAGGGGAGAGUUUCUGGAUGCUGCCGGCUGUGCUGUGCGUAAAGAAAACUUCGAGGAUGGAGGUGACUGAGGAGCCUGGGUAGGAAGGUGCCAGAGAAUCUGCUGCUGGCUUUGCACUUCUGGGGCCGAAGGAAAGGAGAGCAUCUGGGAUAGGUUACUGGAAGAGCUGCAGAUGGGUUACUGGAAGAGCAAUGCUGUGUGCAUUGCAGGGAAUCUUUCUCCCACAGUGCUAAAUAGACCCCUCACCAUUCUCUGUGCUCUGUCCAGGGAUUCCGCCCCACAAAAGAGGUUUCAGGUGGUGUUACCCCCAUAGCAUGCCUGCCGCCCAGCCUUUCUGAGGGGAGCACUUUCUGGAGGCUUCUUGGGCAGCACUUGUGAGGUCCCAAAUGUUUAGCAGUCCUCCCUCCUGCCUGCAGACUGCCAGCCUUACGUAACUCAGGCUAUCAGUUGAUGCAAAGUUGAACCAAAGGGCUCCUGUCGACUGAACCUUGCAAGGUGACAGGCAGAGUCAUUGCUUGCAUCAACUGGGAGGGAGAGAGGGAGGGAGACAGGGUGCCUUGCCAGGCACAUUAUGGUGGGGGAGAAAUGUCUCAAGGCCAGCCUCGCUCUGCUGCAGCUACAGCCUGCAGAACUGGGCAGAUCAUCUUGGCACCAGCAACGCUUCAGGCCGGGCAAGGGGGAAAGGGGUCACAGAGCCUGACGCUUGAGGGUGAGCCUGAUGGGGCCCAAGAAUUGGCCUUGAGGGACAGGUGUUGACCUGGCACUGCCAGUCAUCCUGUCCUCUGCCCUCAGUGUUGUUCUGGCUGUGGAAGAGACAUUGUGCCACUUGCAAAGCUGGGAGGGGGGCUCCUUGGCACAGAAAAACUAUUGGUGCCAGCCAGAGAAGGCAAAGCCUGUAAUUAAGGGUGCCUUGCAAUGCCAGCAACUAUACCUUGACCAGCUAUACUGACUGGUGGGCAUUGUUUGCUCAUGAGUGCUUUCUGAGCCAGGCUGUUCAGAAGCUACCAAUUUCUUUCUCUCCCUCUAGGCCCGAGGUAGAAACACAUCCAUUAGCUGCUUAGGCUAGCUCUCCACCACCCCUCCAGAAAUGAGAUCUGCCUCUUUGCUGGAGAUUAAUGGGGUCCUUGUCAGGCAGGUACCCUUUGAUCUUCAGCUGCUGGGGGUGUGGUGGGGCUGGCUGCCUGUGGUUGGAGGAGGGCGGUAGGACUGUUGUUGCUAUCGGGACACCUCCUCUUCGCUUGCUUGCGUGCGUGGAUGUGGGUGGGGGGGAACAUUUGGGACUCAUUAGUGCUUUGCAACGUGGAGCUGGAGAUGAUGGGAUGAAUGCAGCUGAUUGCAUCAGGCCAAGACUGCCAGGCUAAGCCUUGGACCACUGAGGCACUGAGGAAAUUAACACACCCCUCUCCACUGUGGGCACCCAGCCUCUGCAGGCCCAAUAUUCUCCAGCAAUGAGGGUUGCAAUCUGGCUGCCCCUGGUACUGGAGGGGUGGCAUACUCACCUGACCUGCCAAGGCCAGACUGGGAGGGGCCCUAAACCAAUUUUGUGCUCGCACUUCACAAACAAGAUCGGGGAGCUGUGGGGGUGGAGAUUGCCGUCGAAGGGUUAACAUGCAGGCAGUGUUUGCUCCAGAUGUUUGGAGCUAGACUAUUACUGAGUUGGUGUGUCUGUGUGUCCUGAUGGGGGGGGGAGUGCAGCCCUCCCUAUCAGCCAAUCAUUAAAGGUCUCCAAGCUGACACCCAGUUCUUGGCUGGGAAUCUGCAAUGGGGCCCUGUUGUGCUCCUGCCCGCCUAUCCCACAUAAAAGGGCCCAGGGAAGGCUCUGAUCUCCCCAUUCAGCAGCUCCAGAGCAGGCAGAGCGGCCUGCCAGGUUCAUCAGAGGUGCCUCGUUCGCCCACCUUUGCCACCACACAAAGCUGCAGCUGCUGCCACAUAGGUAAGAGGCUCCUUGAGGUGCCACCUGUAAGCCUGAUGGGGUCUGAGCUGGUGUCCACAGUCCCUGGGAUGGAGUCCUCUGCGGGGAACAAGCACCGCAUGAAGGGCUGCAACAAAGUGGCUGAGGCAGAACUCGGGUGCUUUUCCUGGGACACCCCUGUACCAGCAUGUACACCCUCCGGAGACCAGGACUAACCUGAGCAGACACAACAGAGAACCUGGAGGUGGACAAUUGCAAAGGGACUGGCCUGGCCUCUUGGGCCAGCGGAGGCUCUGGAACAAGCAGCUGAGGAAUUCUGGCGUCUGUGGAGAGUGGUUUUGACGUCUGUGUAGCUUGUUCCAAGACGAGCCAGGACUUGAGGUGGCUCGGGGCGGAGGGUGCAGGCUGGCUUUAUCUUGGGAGGCAGGUGGCACCACACCUGCAAUCAAAUUUACUGCCAUAUUAUGAUUAUUGUUGUAUUCUGGGAGUACAGAGAGGAAAUGACUUUUCAGCCAGUGUGAAGAGGUUCCUUAGCCUUUUGCAGCUGGCACUGAAGAUUUCUUAGUUGUGCCCCUGCCUCUCGUGUGCUUUUCUUGCCCAGGGAGCCACCAGCUGCUUCUCACUCACCUUGCUGCUUCCUUUGCCACAUCUCACCAGCUUUGCCUUCUCAGCUCUCUCCAGCUGUGCCAGAUUCUUUGGAGCGAGACAGGGGGACGGAAGGAGGGAAGGGGGCAAUGCAAGUCAUAUUUCUCCCAAGGCAAGUGCAGGGUCACUUCCCUUUCUCUCCUGGUCCAGUGUUUGCUGGGUUUUCCCUCAGUGGCUGGCUCAGCCCUUGGAUCUUGCCCAUAAGAUCCCUUGGUGGUGAUUCUCAGGUUCCGACGACACUGUUUGGGCUUCUCAAAUGGCAUUUGAAAUUCCUGACAAAUUAUUCCCUUUUGUUCUUAAAUCCGUUUCUAUAAUUAAUCAAUUUGACUUAAAAAAAAUAAUCAUGGCUUAAAGACAAACAGCCUAAAACACUUUACAAGAUUUUUCAUAGUAGACCAAAAUUCAUUUAUACACCCCUUUUUGAGUUCUAACAGUGCUUCAACAAUGCUCUCUCACUCAUCCUAACAGCAACCCUGAAAGGUAGGUUGGGAGAGAAUGGCUUCCCUGAGGUCAACCAGUGAGUUUAUACUGGAGAUGAACUUCAAAGUGAAGAAUGGGGGUGUCCUCCCACCUCCAGCACUUAGGCACAACUAGACAAGUAUAUUUUGAAAGAGAACUCGGUCAAAGCCUGCCCAACACACAUACACACACACAACACACCCACCCACCCACACACACACCAGUGGUGUCUUGUCAUUCACAUGCCAAGUACAUACUGUCCCUACCACUGUGGGAAGGAAGGCAUAGAGGGAAAACACAUUUCCCUCAUCCAAGUUGGCCUCCGGCCCAACUGCAGUUCUUGCCCCACUCCCCGCACAUCUCCACCCCCUUUUACCGGCUUCCCUGCUGUGAGACUUGAUCAGGGUCCUUCUAGGGGGAUGUGGCAGCUGACUUGGCUCCUCCUGAACUAAGAGCUGCCUGCUCAGGACUGGUGCUUCCACCCAUGGGCGUAGCCGGGAUUUUUGUUGGGGAGCGGCAGAAUCGACAUGAUUGGUCAGUUAAGUAUUUCUAUUGAUUUACUUGAUCUGGGGGGCAUGCCCAUGUCUCCACCCAAUUCUGCCAUGGCAGUGGCCUUGAACAGACAGCAGCCUUGAAGAGAGGAUUGUGUAAUCAGGGAUGUCGGCCCACCUGCUCUUUGCACUUCCUUUCCAGCGAUGGAAUCCUACCUGAUCCACGUGAAUGGCAAGACGGCCCUGCCCUCCAUCCUCGAUGUCCACGUCAGCCUCAAUGGCGGGAAGGGCCCUUCUCUGGGCAAGGGGAAAAACCGCAAGGCCCACUGGGCCGUCAGGGCUUCCGAAAUGUCCAAGAGGACCUUCAAUCCCAUCCGAGCCAUUGUGGACAGCAUGAAGGUGGAGCCCAACCACCAGAAGCCCCUGAUCUCUCUGUCCAUAGGUAAGCAGGUGGGCUAUGGAGGGACCAUGAGGUGGGGGCUCCUGCCAAUGCCCCACCCUCAAAUGACAUGGAUUCCCCUCAUGUUUCCCCACAGGGGACCCAACUGUGUUUGGGAACCUCCCAACAGAUGAUGAGGUCAUCCAAGCGAUGAAGGAGGCCCUGGAUUCUGGGCAGUAUAAUGGCUAUGCCCCCUCAGUAGGUAAGUCCUGCGAGAUGCUUUCAAUGUAUGCAGCCCCUAUUUUGCUUUUGCUGCAAAAUCUAACAUGCCAACUCUUCUGGGAAUCCUCUGCACAGGUUACUUGUCUUGCCGGGAGGUGGUCGCAGGCUACUACACCUGUCCAGAAGCCCCCUUGGAAGCCCAGGUAACUGACCCUGACUGCUGCAUGCAUUGCCAUCUGACCUUGAUGCUUGAUGGGGAUGUUGCGAAAAUUAGCUUUUGCAAACCCUGGCCAGGACCUCCGCAACUCACUGUACUGGAACUGGAGCUUGCUCAGAAAGGAUCCUGGGCCUGGAAUCUUUAUUAGGAACCCAGGAAGCUGCUUUAUACUGAGUCAGACAACUGGUCCACCUAGCUUGGUAUUGUCCACACUGACUGGCAACAUCGUCUCUCAUGGGUUUCAGGCAGGGAGUCUCUCCCAGACUAAGUUGAUGCCAUUGGGGAUUUAACCUGGGACCUUCUGUAUGCCAGCAGGGACCCCCACUUCAUUCCAGGCUCCAGGCCAGGAAUUUCCAGAAAGAGCCAGUGAAGAAACCUUUCCCUCCCACCUCCCUCCCCUUCUGUGCUUCUUCGGGGCUAGUCUUUCCUGGUGGUUGCUACCCGCCAGGCUCACAGCUGCCUACUCUGCUCCCUCUUCCUUUGCAGGACGUGAUCCUGACAAGUGGCUGCAGUCAGGCCAUUGAGCUGGCCCUGGCUGUGUUGGCCAACCCUGGGCAGAACAUCCUGGUGCCACGGCCUGGUUUCUCCCUCUACAAAACCCUGGCUCAGUCCCUGGGCAUCGAGGUCAAAUUCUACAACCUCUUGGUAAGCUGGGGCAGGAGGUGGCCAAUGCCUGCAGAGAGGCAUGGCACAAGCAGGAAGACAAGCAGGCGCUCCCUUGCAGGGCUCUGCCUGCCUCUCCACAGAGCUCAGCUAUAAAGAAGGGCUGCCUGUUGACCUGGGUUCAAGGCCUGGGGACCUGUUCUCCAUCUCCCCUUUUUUGGACAGGGCCCCAACCCAGGCUGGGAGGUGUUGCAGGGCCCUUGGAAGAGAAAAGGGGGGCCAGUAUCCUGACCAGUCGACAGUUGCUCCAACCGCCAUCCCUUUUCACCUGCCCAGGACCUCCGGCCCACCCUGACCCCAGCAGGAAGCCUGGUUCAUGGGUACCAGGCUGAGGUCCUGAAGUGGGGGCAUUCCUCACCUCUUCCUCCCUUUUCUUCUCCCUGCAGCCAGAGAAAUCAUGGGAAAUUGACCUGAAGCAAAUGGAGUCGCUGGUGGAUGACAAGACAGCUUGCUUGAUUGUGAACAACCCAUCUAACCCCUGUGGCUCCGUUUUCAGCAAAAGCCACCUCCAGAAGAUCCUGGCAGGUGAGGAUCCCUCACCGUGUGUGUGUGUGUGUGUGUGUGUGUGUGUGUGUGUGUUUAUCCCAGGCCUUGCUCUGGGGAAGAAAGAAGGAAACAGAGUCAGGGGGCUGACUAGAUUUCUUUCUUUCUGUCUGUCUGUCUUAGUUGCCUCCAGGCAGUGUGUCCCCAUCUUGGCCGAUGAGAUCUACGCUGACAUGGUGAGUGAGGCAGAAGCACCCCUGGCCCCUCAGAAGGCCAAGAACAGCAGCUGGAACCCUUCUUCCCAGGAGAAGCCCCCUCCCACCUUCAGACACAUCGCUGGGAAAGCAGGGAGUGGGGUGGGUCUGCCUGAGGUGACUUGGUCUUCUUCCCAGUCACAGCCAGCUGCACUAGCAUCCCCCUUACCUGCUUCACACGCCCAUUAGGUGUUUCCAUCAUUACUUACUCUGGUAUUCCUCCUUCUGCACUCCCCCGCCCCACUAGGUGUUUGAAGACUGCAAAUACGAGUCGCUUGCAAAGCUCAGCACCAACGUGCCUAUCCUCUCAUGUGGAGGCCUCGCCAAGAGGUGGCUGGUGCCUGGCUGGAGAAUGGGCUGGAUUCUCAUACAUGAUCGCAGGGAGAUCUUUGGGAAGGAGGUAAGUUAGCAGAACUCGCUGCUGCCCUGAAUUUCUGCAUCCGGUCCAGGAGCUGGUGUGAUGGAGGAAAAGAGUUCAUGCCCCCCACCGCUUCACAGCCACCCUCUGAGCCUGAUUCAUGCGGCCCUUGUGCCCCAAUGCCCACUGUCUGUGCUAGGAUGUCAAGGAGGCAGUGUCCCCUGCCUACUAGGUCUGGUCAGUGAAAGACUGCCCAAGAUGCCCCCUACUCCAAAUGGGCUCUGAACAGGAGCAAGUUAGUUUGAGUAGCAGCUGCUUCUUGAGGGGGCCAGGAGAUGCCUCCCCCACUUCCUGUGCCCUCUACACCAGUGCGAGUUCUGCACAGGUUCCCUCCAUUGCACCCAUGGUAGGAUGCAGACUUUCCUUCCCACCUUCCCAGCUCUGCCUUUGGUUUGGGGGCACACUGAGCCACAAGAGGGCUCUUGCUGUGACUGUGGAAUUUCACUCUCUUAGAUCAUCUUGUGGAUCAGGUCGAGCCUCUCCCUACUGAGCUCUCCCACCUCUGUGCAUCUUUCAGAUCAGAGACGGCCUCCUGAGGCUGAGCCAGAGGAUCCUGGGCCCCUGCACAGUUGUCCAGGGAGCUCUCAGCCGCAUCCUUCGCCAGACGUCCCCGGAAUUCUACCACAACACCCUCAGCUUUCUCAAGGUACAUCCUUCAUCCUUCUCUUUGAAAGGAAAGGGAGAAAAGAAAUAGGAACAACAAACACAUAAGUAAAAGCAGGACUAGACCAAAAGAACUAUUAAAAAUGGGGAGGGUGGGGAGCACCAGGGAGUGCUUAUGCCUCACAAAGCCCCUCUUGCUUAUCUCUCCCAACUCCUUGGAGGGCAACAGGGAUGCUCCCCAGCCCAUAAACACCGCUUGGGUGGUGGGAGUGGACAAUGUGACUCCUCUCACCCUGGGGAGCUGCACUGGCCUGGAGGGGGCAAUGAGGUGCUCAGCACAGCCCCCACAGCCCCUCCCUGUUUUGCCCUUUGGAACUGAUUGGUUCAUUUAAUAAUCCAUCUUGGCAUGAAUUGGUCAGUGAAACUGUUACAGUUAAAUGAAUGUGCAUAUUAAUGAAAUCUCUGCAUAGAUUCCUUUUUAAGAUUCCAUUGAUAUGCUAUUUCGGAAGGAUGGACCUCAGCUCAAUGGUAGAGCAAUCUGCUUUGCACGCAGAAAGUCUGAGGUUCUACAUCUCCAGGCAGAGCUUGGUGAGACUCUCUGUCUAAAACCCUGCAGGGCUGCUGCCUGUCAGUGCAGGCAAUACUGAGCUGGAUGGGCCAAUGGUACAAGGCAGUUUCCUAUGCUCUUGUAAAUGUUUAGCGUCCCUAUUUUAUUUUCAUUCAGUGUAGUAAUAUAUACUCUGAACUAUUCCCCACCACAUAGCACAUCAGAGCCAAACACUGUGUCAAAAGCUUUGCUCUUUUCAGAACUGGGAAGACCCAAUAUUCAUGGCAGUGAGCAUGGAAAGAAAUGACAGCUGCAGGAUGGGGCGGGGGCACACAGUGGAAUGCACACACCAGGAGCACUGGGAAAAUAACACAGUGCAAGUGUGGGCACGGCUGGCAAGCAGGUCACUUUUUUGUGGUCCCAUCAGUUCCCAGGGUGGGCAGGUUUUAAUUCAUCAACAAUGUACCCUUUUAAGCCUUUAUCCAUGGUGAACACCACAGUGUUGGGUGGUCCCAGUGGGGACCCUGGGAUGCUUGUGCCUGCAAUCUGACCUGACUCCUCCUCCUUCCUCCUUCCCUUUGCAGUCCAAUGCUGACCUCUGCUAUGAUGCCCUUUCCACUGUCUGCGGCUUGCAGCCUGUCCGGCCGUCAGGAGCCAUGUACCUCAUGGUGAGUGGCUUCCUGUCACUUGCCCAGCUUUGACCCUGAGAUGGGCAAAUGCCAGGCAGAUCAUCCCUAACUCUGUGUUUCCUCCUCUUCCUUGCUGCAGGUGGGCAUUCAGAUGGAACACUUUCCAGAGUUUGAGAAUGAUGUGGAAUUCACAGAGAGGCUCAUUGCUGAGCAGUCUGUCUUCUGUCUGCCUGCCACGGUGAGCAUCUUUAUUCGCAAAAGAGUUAUGGGAGGCCCUGGGAGUUACUGGAGCCCCGGGAGCUGUACUUGGCAGAGAAGAAGCACUCGGCUCGGCUCCACUUUCCCUGGGCCUCUGCUGCUCAGCUAGCCCCCACCUGCCUUUCCUCUCCUUUAGCUAGUCUUUCUUCUAGAUGCUUGUGAUUCGCAAGGCAUGAGGGGACAUUGCUUGCAUUUCACAAUCUCAGUGCCAGCUGGCUCAGCGCCCACACCCCUGGCUGCUGAACAAUGGCACCUUGUGAGGUGCUGUGAGGCUCCCUUCCCCAGAUCCCAGCCGCUUGCUCCCUCCUGCUAUGUGGGCCUUGGAGAAUGGCCAUUGCACUUGCCGGCAGCACCAUUCUUUGAGACAAGCCUGCUGGAUCAGGCCAAUAGCCCAUCUGGUUCUGCAUCCUGUUCUCACAGUGGCUGACCAGAACUCUGUGAGAAACUGACAAGCUGGUUUCUCAGCACUCCUUGUGUGGAACAACAAGCAAGGCAGAGACCCUCCACAGGUGCUGUCACCACAUUGCUUGCCCUUGGUCGACUCUACACCGACUAGCAGCAGCUCUCCCAAAUCUCGCUUGGAGAGAGUGUCCCCUUGCCCAGACUUUUCCAUUGGGAAAGGCAGGGAGAUCAGCCAGGAAUAUUCUGCAUGCAAAGCAGGAGGUGUUGACCCUCCCCUUAACACGCCCACCCCAAACUCCUUCACAUUUAUCCUACCUGGUCUUGGUGUCAGAGUCUGGUGUGUGCAGGAUUUCCAAGGCACCAGAGAUGGUCCUUCGAGGCUCUCUCGCCACUCCUUAGGGAGUCAGCCUUGUAAAGGAUCCACAUGGUGGCUCCUGGCCCCUGAUGCCAUCUCAAUGGUCCUCUUCUGCUUCUUCUGACAGUGCUUUGAAUACCCCAACUUCUUCCGUGUGGUGAUCACAGUGCCCGAGGAGAUGAUGGUGGAGGCCUGUCGGCGCAUUCAGCAAUUCUGCGAGAGGCACUAUGAAAGCGGCGAAGGAUCCCAGGACCUGGAAUGUGACAAGUAG